CUAUAGCUAGGCGCAAACUGAACACUGCAAUGGCGAGCACAGCAAGAUCAGUAGGUAUUAUUCUUAUUGUGCUCAUUGCCAUGUCCUUUGAUAUCCCUGCCACCGAUGCCGGCGCCACCUUCCUCGCCAAGACAUGCAAGAAGACCACGAACCCCUCGUUGUGCCUGGCAGUGUUGCGCGUCGACCCAAAGAGCGCCUCCACCACCACUGUGCAUGACCUUGCCAGCAUCGCGCUGCAGAUCGCAAGUGACACUGCUGACCACAACGCCGAGGUCAUCCACAACCUAGCCAAGGACGUCCAAGGCACCCCUGAGGGAGGUGCCUUCACCAUCUGCCUCGGGGCCUAUGUUGAUGCCACCAACGACCUCGAGAUCGACGCCCGCCCCGGUUUCGAUGGCGGGAACUAUGUCGACGCGAGGAAUCUCGUGUUGGGUGCCAAGGCUGUCGGUGAUAGAUGCGAGAGUGCGUUCAAGGGGAUCAAGAAGAAGUCUCCGGUGACAAACAUAGAUCUCCAGAUGACGGAGCGUUGUGGCGUCGCGGGUGAACUCAUUGGCCUUCUUAUACACAAGUGAUCUGUCCUAAAUCAAUGUCGGCUCGUGUGUGCAAUCUCCCGACAAUAAUUAAUUAGCCGGUCAUCUAGCAACACAUUUUGGUCGUGGAUGCAACUGUGAAUUACCGAGCUUAAGAACACACGAUAAACCAACCU